AUGGAGUUUCUCGAGGAUACUCGUACAAAACCUGUCCGCACAACUGGUAUCACAGAAUUCGGAACUUCCGCUUUUCCAGAUAGCAUUUUGCUCGAUCCCAGAGUGUCAGCGGCCAAAAUGACAGAACAAGCAUUUGCUACCAAAGUCUCAAUGUUUCCCUGGGGAUUAAAUCUAUUAGUUGAUCAGCUCUGGAAAUGUGCUAGAGAACAGGACCUUUCUGCAAGAUACGGAACCUUAGCACACUGGCAAAGUCCACCCCGAAUAUGCCUUGCACCUAGAGAGCGUGGAGUCUCUGGAAACAACUUUCCGUUUCGUCAUGCUGAAACAUUGGGCAUUGUCGAUCUGAGGUACUACGGUCACUCGGUGUCGACAGGCAGUUCAAAGGAGAGGCCAAGUCUCGCAAGAUAUGAAGUACUGAAGAAUGGACGUAUUCUGUGCGAUCUCUUAUCGAAGAUCGAGACGUUUUGGGCCGAACUGUAA